CGAUGGCGGCGGCCGGGCCGGGCCCCGGGGCCGGCGGCGCGGUGAAGACGCUGGCCCUGGUGCUGGAGGACGAGGCCCGGCGCGGCGGCGGCGGCGGCUACUGCAGCGGGGACACGGUGUCCGGGCAGGUGCUGCUGGAGCUGGCGGGGCCGCUGCCGCUCCGCGGGCUGCGCCUGGAGGCCGCGGGCCGGGCGCGCGUCGCUUGGAGCGAGAGCCCGGGCGCGGUGCCCGGGGCGGGCACCUGGGGGGUGGCGGUGCGGGCGCCGGGCCCGGGGCCGCGGCGGGAGGCGGAGGUGCGGUACCUGGACAUCCGGCAGAGCCUCCUGCGGGACCCGCCCGAAGGUGAGGAAAACUUAAUUCUUCUAGAUGGAAGACACGAAUUUCCGUUCAGCUUUCAGCUCCCUCAAGAACCUCUGGUGACCUCUUUUACUGGGAAGUAUGGCAGUAUCCAGUACUAUGUGAAAGCAGUUCUGGAGAGGCCUGCUGUGCCUGACCAGAGUGUGCAGACAGAGCUGCAGAUCAUCAGCCAUAUCGAUGUCAACUCACCAGCUCUCUUGACACCUGUUCUAAGAAGUCAGGAGAAGAUGGUUGGCUGUUGGUUUUUCACCUCUGGGCCAGUGUCUCUCAGUGCCAAAAUUGAGAGGAAGGGAUACUGUAAUGGGGAAGCCAUCCCAAUCUAUGCAGAAAUUGAGAACUGCUCUUCUCGUUUGAUUGUUCCAAAAGCUGCCAUUUUCCAAACACAAACUUACCUGGCCAGUGGGAAGACAAAAACCUUCCGUCAGAUGGUUGCCAAUGUCCGAGGAAACCACAUUGCCUCUGGGAGUACAGAUACCUGGAAUGGGAAAACUCUGAAAAUCCCACCUGUAUCCCCAUCUAUACUUGACUGCUGCAUUAUUAGAGUAGAAUAUUCAUUAGCUGUGUAUAUCCAUAUUCCUGGUGCUAAGAAAUUGAUGAUUGAAAUGCCUGUGGUGAUUGGCACUAUUCCAUGUAUUGGAUUUUCAAGCAGAAACUCCAGCAUUACCAGCCAGUUUAGUAUGGAUAUGAGUUGGCUGGCAUUGACCAUGCCUGAACACCCUGAAGCACCACCAAAUUAUGCUGAUGUAGUGUCUGAGGAAGAGUUUUCCAGACAUGUUCCUGCUUAUCCACCUCCCAUUGACUGUGAGGAACAGUUGUGUUGUCCUGUAUUUGCUUACAUACAAGAGUUCCGGUUUCAGCCUCCACCUCUUUAUUCAGAGAUUGAUCCACAUCCAACUGAUGUAGAAGAAGUUCAGCCUGUUUCAUUCAUGCUCUGAGGAUUUGUAAUGAGCAUCAUUGUGAUGAAUGUCUUAAUCUUUCUGCUGCUUAAGCUGGUAGUGCAGCUAAAAAGGAAACAGUUUUCUUUUUCAAAACUUGAGUCUGUGUAUGAGAAAGGCAAAGGAAAAUGGAGAAGGAGGUAUGAGCACGUUUGGUGAUAAAAGAGAACCUGCUGGAUUAGUCUGCACAGAGGAUAACAGGAGCAGCUGAGCUUGGGAUACUUGAGAAGUACCUGAAAAUAAUAAAACAAAAAUGCAUCAGUGAAAUACUGAAUGUUUUUCAAAAAGUGGAUACACUACACAAAGUACGAGGAGGAGGAGAUGUGUGGAUCUUCUGAGGGGAAAA